AGCGUCGUAUAUCGUUUUGCAAUCUACCUCGAGACACCUCUGCUGUACAGCGUUUACGCUGUGGUUUUGCUAACAAUGGGAACUAUUUUUGCAUCUUUGGUGUUUGUCAACACUGACCUGAUUCGCUUGAUGGUCCGAUUGAAGCCCCAAAUCUCACCGCAGAACUACCAAAAACACGUGGAGGCUAUUCAAAGCCUAAUUGUUCAGAUGUUCGUCGCCGGUCUGUGUGCGCUGCCACUGUUCGGUGUGACCUUCGUUCUAGCUUUUCAACUCGAGAAUGGACAAUUUAUUGCGAGAAUCAUGUUUGUGCUGUGGACCUGUCAUUCUACAAUAAACAUGAUUUCUAUGUUCAUUUUCUUUCCGCCAUAUCGCCGAUACUUGUUCAAAAAGUUGAGAAUAAAUCGGCGUAGUCUCUUCCAAGUUGCUGCUUCAUCUGUUUUGACAUGA